AGCUUGCUUCACCACCUUCCCGAUCUUUCUCGACCUUCUCUCUCAGCACCACCCGCCCUAACAACCACCACCACGCGUCGUUUUCUCGAUCAACCGAACGGCAUUUCCGUCUGUUGUCUCCUGUCGCUGCCUUCGCCUCCUGAUACCCUGCACAUUCCUUCCAUCCACCCAUCACAAUGACCGGUCGUGGAGGCGGUGGAGCCGCUCGCAAGACCCUGCUUGCGCCGAUUCAUUUCAUCUUCAAGCUUCUUCAGCAACGGUCUACAGUCUCUAUCUGGCUUUACGAGCAGCUUGCUUUCCGCAUAGAGGGAAAGAUCAGGGGUUUUGACGAGUUCAUGAACCUCGUCAUUGACGAUGCAGUGGAGGUUCGCAUGGCUACAAAGUCCGAGGAAGAGAAGCGGAGACCUCUAGGCCAAAUACUGCUCAAGGGCGAUAACGUGUCUCUUAUUCAGGCCGUGCAGUGAAUUUAAAGGGGCGUUUAAGGAUUUCGGAAGCCAGGAAAGGGAAAAUUAAUCAUUCAUCUCCGACUUCGUGCCGUGAUACGAUAUCGUUUGCAUUUUCUAAACACUUUUUUACGGGUUCUCGCUGGAGUACAAUUAUCUGCACAUUAUUGUCGCAUUAGAUGAAAACAUGGACAUGAAAGGGCUCGCUUCUUUUCUGGAUAUUCUAUCAGCGUUGGCGCACGAGGCACCGGUCAUCGCCGACCAUGAGGACGUCUACUAGCCAGUC